GGUCGCGACCCCCACUUUGGGAACCACUGCACUAAGUGAAGGUGAAAGUCUACUGUUGUGUUGCCGGACAGUGGGCCUUCUCAUUACGCUGCCUAAUCCGUAGUCUAACUUUUUUUUUUACCUGAGUCGGCUUUAAUCCCGAUUAUCAAAUCUCCAUCUCUGUUCCAAAACGUGUAAACAAAAGCAAAACCGCAAGCAAAAUAAGGCGAAUUUGUUAUUUCUUCUGGACGACACCGUGACCGGUGUAGAUAUGUCUGAGCUUGAAGGAGCACCUGAAGGCAUCAGCCGUUGAACGCCCCCCAGAACAGAACAGAACAGGAGCCGCGGAGAGGCGCCCGGAGCCGACAGACUGCGGGUUAAGUUUGUCCACCCUUGCUUCCCAUCACCAGUUGACGUCCGGGGCUUUUUGUUUCAUUCAGGCGACAAACCGCCGUGGGUUUCGUCGACUAUUCACAACCCGAAAGUACAGGCGUUAGAAACACGGGCCAAGCGCGCUCGUGACAUUUUUUUUUUUUUUUGGGGAUGAAUUGAAGAGACGAAAGAGAGGACGGGAGGGGAAAGUGCGACGGAGCGCACGAAGUUGACACUUGGCUCAAUUGUUUGGGACUUGUUGAAGAGGCUGCGUGUGUGCGCACACACACACACACACACACACACACACACACAACAACACUGGAGCCUGUGCGGGGGGGACAGGGUCUUCUGUAUCACCAUGAGGCUGUGACAACACGUGGACAAUGAUGGCAGAGCUGGAAAUUGACCAGUCCAACCUUCCACGUGUCCAAGAAGUGUGCCAGUGUUUUGCUGUGCUGGAGGACGGCGCGUUGGCACACAACCUGCAGGAACAGGAGAUCGAACAAUACUAUACCACCAACAUCCAGAAGAACCAGCUAGUGCAGAAUGACAUCCGUGUAGCAAAAAGACUGCAGGAUGAGGAGGAAGAGGAGCAGGCCCAGCAGAGCACCCUCCUCAGACAGGCCUCCAGACAGCUAGAGAUGGAAGACUUUGAGUAUGCCCGUGUAAUUCAGGAGGAGAUCCAGCGUGGUGCUGAAGAGACCCGAAGGAGGGAGCAGGAGGAUGAGGAAAUAGCUAAACAAAUGCAGGACGAUGAGAAGCAGAGACUCAUGAGGAUCAGCAGAGGGCAGGAGGGCCAUAGUCAAGGCAGCACUAUCGAUCCUGCACUACCAUCCCCACGCCAGCACACACUCAGUGGCCUUCACCAAGGAGAGGCGCAGUACUCAUCUACCACCACCAGGUGGCAAUGCUCUACCUCUCACGCCCAUUCAGACUUAACUGGGCCUCUGGCUGACUCGCCUCAGGGGUUAGCAGCUCAGAAAAACACAACUUCAUGGUCAAAUCAAGGACACCCAGAUUCCAUCAGGGAAAUCAGGAGUGAAUUGAGUGAGGAUUCAGAGGACUCUGACACAGUUUCCUCUCAACGGCACUCUGUCGGGUCCCAGAGACUGAAUGAAAGACUCAACACGGCACCUCCUCAACGGCGGGCACCUUUCCAUCAGCCACGAGAAAGAAACUACAGAAGUCUUUACUCUCGCAGCAGCCUCAUAGAGGAGGAGAGGGGAGAAUGGACUGAGGGCUAUGAAAAUGGUGACCGAGAGAAGAGGAAGCCUAGGAAUUUGGAUCAGGAAAGGAACCAUAGAGAGGAGUCUCAGAGUUUCCACGGUAGCAGAGAUCAGGAUAGAGACUGUAGGUUAGACCAAGUGAGAGAAAGGCGAUCUAGUCGCAGUGAAUCUGUCAGGAUACGUGACGGGAGUAAACGCAGUAACAGAGACUUGGCGAGGACCUGGAGCUAUACGGAAAACCCAGACAAGCAUGUCCGUUUUCAGGAAAACACCAGGAGCUCUUGCAGGCAGCAGGGUGAAACCACACGAGUUUGGGAGAUGCUGGGCCAGGUCCUCAGAGAGAGGGGCGUGGCUGUGAGGUUUGGCAGCAACGGGGCGCCACUUCAAAUAAGGCCUCAAAGCAGAGACAGCAAGGUGCUCCAUGGGAGUGAGGUCUCCUGUAGUGACUCCCAGCCACAUCAGAGGGCUUUCCAGAGAGCUGCCACCACCAGGCACAGUUUCCAUGGAGAUAGCCUGGAGAGGAGGAGAUGCCAAGAGAGCAGUGGGAGAGAUCACAGAGAAGACGGAGACCGGCACUGCAAAGAUGCGGCUCGCGAUGCAAAGAUUUAUGAGAUUCCGCGUGGAGACUCGAAUCUCGCUCCGAGAGAAAGGGGAGGCAGUAGCCGGUGGAGAGAGCACAGAUACACGAACGAUGACGAGAGCGACAGGUAUGCAAACGAUCGCAGGGUCAAGAGGACCACAAGCGAACGCAGGUGUUGGCACAAGACCAUUGAAGAAAGGUUGAGCUCGGAGGAGGAGGAGGAGGGCGAGAGGCGGCCCUGUCGAAGAGCCCCACAGCGUACCCAAAGCCUCAGCAGCAGGCGCCGGGCUUCAAACGGGGACGGUUCAAGGCGCGUGGCAGCAGGAGCGCCACUGCAGCCAGAGCCAGGUGAGCAAAGCCUGCACAUGGGCGAGCUGCGGCAGGUCCUACAGGAUGAAGAACUGGCCCACAAGCUGCAGGAAGACGAGGAAAGGCGGCUGAGGAGGAAAUCCCAGCCCUCUCCAUGUAGUUUUUACCCAGAGGGAGACUUCAGAGUAGCACAAGUGGCGCAGGAUGAGGAAAUUGCUCGCUUCAUGCAGAAGCAGGAAGUGAAGUCAAAGCGAAGAUCUCGUGAGCUAGAGGGGCCGACAUCGUGGCGCGAGCACAGAGCGGAGAUCAGUGUUCAUGACCGACGGGCUGCGAGAGACAGACCGGUCCAUCGAGAGAGGCUUGACUCAGAGGGCCUCCCUUCCCCCACUGAGGACUGCUCCCCAGAGAACCAGCCACCCAGCCCCUUGUCCACUCUACCACAAGUCCAGCAGAUCCGAAACAUUGCGGAAGAGCUGGACCCGACCUUCCAGGCCGGGAGGCAAAGCACGGAGAGCCUCGGAGGGGGACCGGCAGGUCCGACCUGUCAGUCGCUCCCCACGCAACAAGCCGGCUUACACGACUUACUCGAGGAGGCGACUUUCAUCCCACCCACAAAACGGCAAACGGACAAAUCGGGACGAGCUAAACCCAAAGAGAAGAAGGAAAAUUGCAAGCAACAAUAAUUUGACAGAUGCUGUUGGAGUGCAUAUAUAAAAUAACACCAAAUAUCAGUUUACUAUAUUACUUUGAGGUUAAAGCUACCCCUACGAGCACUUUAGACCAGAGAAUUGAGAAAAAUUACAUUUUAUAUUUCUUGAUCAUGUGAAUGACACUUGCCUUUUUUAAAAUAAUUUUCAAAGGGGAAAAUGGAGGUUUAUUGAAGUUUUGUUUGAAUUAGUCAGUGUUAAUGAUACACACUACUUUUUUUCUUAAAUUAUAUUUGUAUUUUGUUUUUUUGUUAAGUUAAGCAGUGAGCAUCCGUCCAUCAUCUAUAACCACUUCAUUUGACAUGUUUGAUGCUCCUUGGUGACGCCACAGUGGUUAGCGCCGUUGUCUCACAGCAAAGAGCAUCCAAAAGCACAAAAACAGAAUAUACUUUGAUAACCCCUGAACCUCAAUGACGAGGUUUUUGUUUUUGGACAAGCUACUUUAAGAUGUUUACUUUCAGAUCGUCUGCCAAAUUUGUGUCAAAGCAGUUUGUCAGGGAUUCAGCCAUGUUUACAAUAGUACAAUGACAAUCAAAUGAACUUAUUUAACUCUUAAUGAAAAGCAUCUUACAACAAUCAUCAAAGUAGAUACAGAGCUACUGUAUAUCUCACAAAGUGAUCUAAGAUCAAAGAUCCACUUACUAGCUUUAUUCAGAGGUUAAAACGGCAUCUCAUGGUCACAUGACCCCUGAGCCGAGUGAGUUCAGUUGAAAAGCAUCAAAAAGCUUGUAAGAGGACCUUUAAGCUCAAAUUACUUGGUUCAGAUCAAUUUUUUUGUCCAAGUUUGUUUACUUUACCAGGUGGGUUUUGUAUAAGUCCAGAGUGUCAGUUAAUGUUAUGAAUUCAUGUAUAGAAUAUGUGUUCUAACAAAAGAUGUGUUUGUAUGUUCAUAUUACUCCAACAUUUAAAACACUAUUUUGUUUCUUUUUUUUUUUUACAAAUGAAAUAUUCCACUGCUUAGUGGACCACUAUGAAUGCAAUUGUUCUGUAU